AUGCUGCCGGACCCAGAUUUGAAGAAGCGAAGCCAAGAAAUCACCAGCCAUGCGCAAAGGCGGCAAUGGCAGAAAGCACUGGAUAUUUUCCGGGAUGUGAAGCAAGGUGGCCAGGCAGAUGUCAUUCUUUACACCACUGCUCUCGGGGCAUGUGGAGGAUGGCGACGAGCUUUGAAGCUGGUGAUGGAAGUGCAAGAGAGCAAGGCCCUGCAGCCCAAUAUCACCACGUUCAGUGCGGCGCUACGCAGUUGCACCCAAGCCGCUCAAUGGAUCGUAGCAUUUCAUUUGCUCGCAGUAGCAACCGGUGGGUCCUUGACGGUCAAUGACAUCACCCUAGGUGCUGCCAUUGGUGCCUGUGGCAAGGGUUUCUUGUGGCAAGACGCACUUGAGCUCCUGCGGCUCUCCUCGAGGUCGACCUUGCGGUUGAAUAUUAUCGGACUAGGAGGGGCCAUCAGUGCUGCGGGAAGAACCGGGGCUGCAAGCUUUGCCGCGAGUGCCUGGCAAACCGCAGUGAGCUUGCUGGAAAGUUGUGUAAUGCAAACACUGCGCCAGAGUACCAUGGCAGUGAAUUCUCUUAUCGAUGCUGACGCGAAGACCAGCCGAUGGCGGGCAACGCUCGACGCGGUUCGCGCCGUUCGAACGACGGUCUUGGAUCUCAUCUCCUGCAGUUCGGCGCUGGCAGCUUGCGGCAAGGACUUGCGGUGGGAAGAGUCACUGUCACUACUGCGUGGACUAGCGGUCCGACAGCUUGAAGCAAAUACCGUGGCAUACAGUUCUGCAGUUUGUCAGAGGUCAUGGAGAAUGGCGCUGGGGCUACUGGAACGUGCUGCAGGCACAUCCCUAGAAGCUGAUCCAGUGAUUUGUGCGGCUACCAUCAGCGCCUGCGAGCGUUUCGGUCAAUGGACGCAAGCCUUGUCAAUGCACAACAAGUUGCAAGAGGAGCAUCUCGAGGUGGACCUAGUGACUCAAAAUGCCGCCAUCAGUGCCUGCGGGGCUUGGGCUCGGUCCCUGCGACUGCUGGGCCUAACGCUCGGCCUUCAAGCGAACGCGGUCACCUACGGUGCCGCGGUCGACCGCGUCACUUCCGACCGCUGGCCACAGGCCGUGCAGCUGCUCCAUGUGGGGUUAUUCAGGGCUUUGCAAGCCACGGUGGUCACCUACACUUCAAUUAUGGCUCUCGCAAUCCUGUGGCAGCAAAGCCUUCAAAUGUUGCAUCAGCACGUGCUAUCUUCACUAGACCUGGUCACCUGCAAUUCAGCGUUGCAUGCGUUCCAAGGCGCAUCGGCCUGGCUGCAGGCGAUCCACACGCUGAAGUUGAUGGAGGUGCGUCGGGUGCGCCCGGGGGGCAUCUCUCUUAGCUUGGCGUUGACAGCUCAGAAGGGUGUGAUGGAAGCUGUGCCACUGGUUGAUGGGCUAAGUGCAAGCUCGCUUGAUGCUCUGACGAAAAAGCUGCCAUGCGUGGCUCUUUAUCGCAGCGGUUUUUGUCAGACUUUGAGUUUGGAACUCUAUAUAUAUUGUACAUAA